UGUGCUAUAGUGUCUUCCUUCUGGGGCAAUGCAGUGAGAGCCAGCUGUCACUCAACAUACAGUUUUGUAGCGGGCUUUCCCUCAUCAGGCUGAUGAUGGCUCACUUCACACAUACCACUCAAGACUUCUGUGCAGAAUAAAAUAGAAGAUCAAAAGCAGGCUUUUCAUAAUGAGCAACUCUACUCUCAUUCGAAGGGUUGAAUCUUUUUUGAAAGAGUUUGAUAACACCAGGCAUUUGAACACUCAGUCACAUGCAGCAGAACCAGGCACAUGGAGAACAGCUGAUUCUGCAGAACCAAGGGCUUGGGUUUUGCAAUGGAACAAGUAUGGUUGCUGUUGCUUCUAACAAGUAGAGUGCUUCUGGGAUCUGCUCAGUUUAAUGGCUACAACUGUGAUGCCAACCUCCACAGUAGAUUUCCUGCCGAAAGAGACAUCAAUGUCUACUGUGGGGUGCAGGCCAUUACAAUGAAGAUUAAUUUUUGCACAGUACUUUUCUCGGGUUAUUCUGAAACGGAUCUGGCACUGAACGGAAGGCAUGGGGACUCCCACUGCAGGGGGUUCAUCAAUAACAACACCUUUCCCGCGGUGGUCAUUUUCAUCAUCAAUCUCAGCACCUUGGAGGGCUGUGGAAACAGCUUAGUGGUAUCCACAAUUCCUGGAGUCAGUGCUUAUGGGAAUGCAACUUCAGUACAAAUAGGAAAUAUUUCUGGAUACAUUGAUACUCCAGACCCACCAACAAUCAUCAGCUAUCUACCUGGACUGAUUUACAAAUUUAGUUGCAGUUAUCCGUUGGAAUACCUGGUUAAUAAUACCCAGCUUGCCUCGUCCUCAGCUGCUAUUUCUGUGAGAGAGAACAAUGGUACAUUUGUCAGCACUUUGAACCUGCUCCUUUAUAAUGAUUCAACCUACAGUCAGCAGUUAAUUAUCCCAAGUAUAGGAUUACCUUUGAAAACCAAAGUGUUUGCAGCUGUACAAGCCACUAACCUGGACGGCAGAUGGAAUGUCUUAAUGGAUUAUUGCUACACAACCCCAUCAGGGAACCCAAAUGAUGAUAUUCGAUAUGAUCUCUUCCUUAGCUGUGACAAAGAUCCUCAGACCACUGUCAUUGAAAAUGGCAGAAGCCAGCAAGGCCGGUUUUCCUUUGAAGUGUUCCGAUUUGUGAAGCACAAGAAUCAGAAAAUGUCCACCGUCUUCCUGCACUGUGUUACCAAGCUCUGCAGAGCUGAUGACUGUCCCUUCCUUAUGCCAAUUUGCGGCCACAGAGAAAGGAGGGAUGCAGGGAGGAGGACCACUUGGAGCCCCCAGAGCACGUCUGGAAACGCCAUCCUCUCUGCUGGUCCCAUCAUUACUCGGAGUGAUGAGACUCCAACCAACAAUUCACAGCUUGGUUCUCCAGGUGAACCUCCCUUCCAGCUGAAUGCCAUCACCAGUGCACUGAUAUCAGGGAUGGUCAUCCUGGGAGUCAUGAGCUUUUCCCUUCUCCUGUGCUCACUGGCCCUUCUACACAGGAAGGCACCCACCAGUUUGGUGUUGAAUGGCAUAAGAAACCCAGUCUUUGACUGACUUUAACAGGUCCCUUCUCUCGGGAGAAGGAUUCACUGACUAUACCCUGUGUGACUGCAGUCAGUGUUUUCAUCCAAACUGAAUGCCAGCCAGCAUUUGAUAUAUGUAGGUUUGAUAGAUUUCACAGUGUAGUUCGUCAGCAUGAUGACAGUGAAAGAAUUUUGACGGUUAUCACUCUUGUCACGUGAGUAUGUGGUCAGCCCUAUUUGUAUGGCACCAAUGGGUGUAAUGACGUCAAGCAAACAAUAUUCAGGACUUAGAUCUUAUAAGAUCAGUCAUAUUUCAUUUUAUUUCAAUUUUCGUUUGAUUAUUGGUUGUUAUAGAGAUAAAAGGUGGAGAUAGAAAAAAAAGUACAUUUGUUGCAUUUUUCCCCUUAAUCAUUAAAACCCAGUGUGAUGGCAUUUAGAUUGUUUAUACAGUCCUAAAAUGAAAGUUAUUUGCUGUUGUUGUUGUUGUUUUGUUCCAGAUAACUCCAGCUUAGGGAUAUGUUUUAAUUGGACUGGUUCAUUUGGACACCUGAGAUUUAGUUACUGUUUCUAUGACCUGUGUGUUUUUGGGUGAUUUCCAUGUCUAUGACAUUCAUUAAAAAAGUAAAACAAACAAAACACAACCAACAGAUUCUUGGGGAAUGUAUCUUAACCUGGAGCAUCUACUUAUGUAGCAGACAGUAAAAAUAGUUGUUAACCUCUAAAGGAAACCAAGUGACCCUAGGUCAUUAUUCCUUUGCAUGGGAAUGGCUGUGAUCAGUUUUCUCGUGGUUCCUGUGAGAACAUCAGCACAUGUUUACUCUCCUCCCAGGUAAACAAGUCAGCCGCCUUUGCAGCUGUGCUUCCAGUGGUGAGGCAGCUGUGAAAAUCAUUCUUCAUUCAAGAGAGUGGGAAGGCAAACCAUAGUUGUGGGAGAGGAUAUUGCCCCCACACAUAAGCAUAAUGUUCCCAUGGGGUUUUUAACAACAUAGUUUCCUUUCCCCCCCCAUGACAAAGGGUAAACAGAGUAGAUGUAUUCUGCAGAACAUUGUUGGAGUCUCUACAAAAAAAUGUCCUUUUCCCACAAAUUUCUGAUGCUGGCAAAGCAAAUAAUCUGGAAGAGCCCUACUUUUUAAGGUGUCUUCUUGAAAGUGUCACGAUUGCCAUGGAAUAAACAGUAUUUUCCUGUAAGAGUAAACUGCAAGAAGUUGUGAUCCUUUGUCAGUUUUGCAAAAAAAGUGUUUAAAAGCCAAGUUUUAAGCAGCCUGUAUUCUUACCAAGAAAUCAUCUUUCUCUUUGUCUAGUCUAUUCACACAACUGAAAAGAAAAAUUCAGUGACAAACAUCAAAACCUAGCAUGUGUGGCUAUUACGAUUCCUACAUUAACCAGAACAACUGCUGUAGAAACUAAUUUCUGUUCAACAUUUGUGACCCAUUGUUUAGGACUUAACCUACUAUAUUAUAUGCAAAUCACUAUAUAAUUUUAAAUUUGUUUCAAUGAAGCACCUAUGCUCUGAAAUUAAUAAUUAAAUCAAUCAUCAAAUCAAAAAACACUGUCUCCAAUUUGCCUGAACAGAUCAGAAGUAAGUCUUUAUAUUAUAAUAAUUAGCUAUCUGAUUACCUCAACUUUCUUUUUCAAGGUAUAGACACACAGUGAAAUGAGAUCUGGAAAGUCUUCAGAUAAUUUAUUCAAUAUGAAAAAGUCUAAUAGUUAAAAAGGCAAUCUCCUCUUCCCUGUGUUUCUUCAAGAUCACUUUGAAGUGACCAUUCUGAACUUUGAUCUGUGGUUAAAAAUUUAUUUUCUACUUUAAAGGGAAAACUCCUAUGGAAAAAAAAUGUGUGGACCAUGCAUGCUACUUAUGUGACCUUAUUUGUACAUGGAAUAGUGCUAAAAUAGUCUAGUAAAUCUAUUUCAGAUACUUUAACUGAAUUGCCAUUAAUGUGAAGAUUAAAUCCUGUGCACAGGAUACUGUCAUUGAAACCAGUUGAUGAGGUUGAUUUUUGUGCUUUAGGGAUGGCUGCUGUUUUCGGUGUUGACCUUUUACAUUGUACAUACCACUUUUUAAAAACUGAGUAAUGGACACAUCGUUUUGCAAGCAACUUACGUCUUGCAUUACUUUUUUUUUUUUUUUUUUGCCAUCCUUUCAUCAUAAAUGGGAGGCUCAGAGCUA